AUGGAAGAACUGGUACAGAAACUCACUGAAACGGGACUGAGUUCCCAGUACUGGCUGCCAAAACUACAAGAUAAACUUGGGGUGACAUCUCCACAAGCUUUAAAACACCUGAGAUAUGGCGACUUCCUAAAACUAGAGAGUGACAUACAGUACCCAUGGGAAAAGCAGGCAUUAAGAAAGCUAUGUAACCUGACAGACAGCAAGACAGCAAUGAAGCAGCCGCAGGGGGGGCACUUGGAGAUGGGAAAGAAGCAGGCUAAAUUGACACUGCAGGAAUUAAAAGAAAGGCAGAAGAAAGGCAGGAGCCGCCAUGAGGAAGCUGUGAGAAAGAAAGAGGAGGAGCUGCAGGGAGCUAUGGGCAUAGCCCCACAGUAUUGGUCUCCCUCUCAGAAAACUUUGAUGGAGAAUGUGCACAAGCAAUUAAGCCUCCCAGAGGAGUCGGUGUCCCAGAGUGAGAAUCUCCCUGACAAGGAAGUUUUGACACGGGCCUCGGGAGGGCUGGCCCUGCAGGGCAUUUACAAAACCAACAAACUCAUGGAGAUGGUGGAGAAGCGAGAGCAGCUCAUAGACAUCCCAGAAGGGUUCGAGCUCUUUGGUCCACAACAAGGGCCGUUGUCUGAGAAGAAGGAGUUUUCAUCUUCUGCAGUAGAAUCCACAUUCACAAAGGCCAUGGAGAACCUGGGCUUCAACAUUAGUGCCACAGGCAAAGGUGGAUUUAGGGGGUUUAGUGCUGAAACCAGCUCAGAUUACAGCACAUCUGAAGAAACCCACAGGUCCCGCUCAGAACAUACCUACCUUUGUAUCACCCAGUACAACUACAUCCCAGUGGCCUCAUGCUACUUCCCCAAGGAUCAGCUUCGACUUUCCAGUGAAGCGCUGCAAGAGUUAAAAGAAAUCGAGACACUUUUGAGUCAUACCCCAGAGCCGGACAAGCUCACCAUUCUGAAGAGCAGGGGCAGGCGAUUCUUCAACAGAUUCGGGUCUCAUGUAAACCAGGGCCCCCUUCACUUGGGUGGGAUAUUCUGGUGGAAAGCGUCUUCUGAGGGAUUCCGGGCAGAGCAGCUGGACGAGGUGAAGAAACAAACAUCCGAUGCACUCAGCUCCUAUGUUGGGGGCAGCCAUGGUGGCUUUGGUUGUCAUGCUGCAGGAAGCGUUAAUGUAUCAAAAUCAGAUUCCAAAACAUCCUUUCAAGGCACUAAUACAAAAACCUUCCAACCAGAGAUUCAACUGUCUAUUACCAAGACAGGCGGCCCGCCUGGAGUGGAUUCACUCACAGCAUGGAAAUCUGGGCUACUGGCCAGUAACAAAACCUGGUCUGUUAUUGACAGAGGCUCUCGGCUGAUUCCAGUGUGGGACAUAAUCCUGUCCAAUCACAGACAAGAUUUUAAUGAUGUUUAUCAAAUGGGCAGCAGUCUCACAAGGGCCUAUGAAGCCCUAACAAAGCUCAGUGCAAGCACAUUGGUUGGGGAGGAAUUAGUCAGUGCAGUUGAUGAGGCCAGAUCGUUCUUAGAGGAAAUGAAGACCUGGGAAGUCACUGGGGAUGAAGAGCAGCUGGUGACUCUACUCAGUUUCAAAGACAAGCUAAACGAAAAAACAAAACACAACAGGACCUGGAUCGACAUCUGCCUGUCGGAUAAGGUGCUUCAGGAUUUCCUGGAAAACACAGUUUUACUAUGCAAAGAUUUACCUGCACAAAAGACUAUGCCCACCAAAUCUCUGCUGUGCUGCCUUCUGGACCCUCAUGUCUAUUCAGUUAAGAAUUUCCCCAAAUCUUCCUCCAUUAUGCAGUGGAUCUUUCAUGCUGAAGAAAAGCCACAAAAAUCUAUCCGUGUUUCUGAAUUUGCUGAUUUCAUUCAAGUCCUACAGGAAAUGAAGAAUUGCCUACAGGCUGUUACCUAUGGGCCUAACUCCUCCCCAGCAGCAGUGAAGGAAGCAAAGGCAAAGGCCAGCUUGGAUGUGAGUUUAGCUUUGUGUUCCUUGCGGAAGGCUCUACAGGGCCGAGAGCAGAUAGACAUAGAACUGUUAUUGCUCUCCAUUGCCGCCAGGGCAGGAUACCGUUUGGACAGUAACACUUUUCAGUAUCUCCUCGGGUGCCCAGAAAUUAACUUCAUGUUAAAGGAAAUGCAAAAGGCACAUGAGAGAUAUUUGAUUCUUAGGGAUCAGGAUGUUUCCAGAGCUCAGGCUUUCCUGUUGUUGACAGGUCUGACAGUGACAGCAGCUGAAUUCAAAGACGUGUCUCCAGAAGAGAAGAACAAACGUUUGACUUUUAUGAAACAUCACAUGGGAAACUCACUGUCUAGUGAAGUUAUUAACAUCCUUAAAAAGCAGAAUGAAUGCAGUGACUGGGAAGUUUUAGAAAGAAACUUGAAUUCCCUCAUAAAGGGGGUCUGUGAAGACACAAAUGAGAAUCUGCAGACACAGGAUAUGACAAAAGAAGUAGAAAAUGUUUGUCAAAGAGCUGAACCAGUAGAAUUACCAAAAACAGAGCUGAAAGAAGUGCAGUCCACUAAUGCUAAGACACACAGCUCUAGUGAAACUCUGGAGUGUCUAAGUUUGAUCAAGCGUCUUGGACUUGAAAACUACCACCCAAGGAAAAUGGCAAAAGCUGAUUUCCAUGUAAUCAACCAGACCACUUUUCAAAAUAACCAGCCCAGAACUGAGAAUGAGCUGCCACUUUAUUUUUUGCAAAAGCUGUUGAUGCUGGACUAUCGGGUAAGGUGUCUGGUUUGCAGGGACGACAGCAAAACAAAAGAAGGUACAAAUACACCGAACACUACAGCCAAUGUGAAUGAAUCUUUAGAUAUUUUAGAUGAUCUUUUUAAUAAUGUCAAUGAAGAAGUUAGUGAAUCUGCUACAAGUCAGACACAUGUGCACCCCAUGGACAUCCAGAUGGCAAUUUUUCACUGUGCAGAUGACUUCACAAGACAGUAUCUUUCAACAAAACUAUCUUUAUGUCAAUUUGCACUCCCACUUCUGGUGCCAAAUCCCUGUACCUCCCAAAUAGAAUUCCCUCUUUGGUCCUUUUGCCAAGUUAAGAAGAAAUGGACUAGUCAUGAGAAAUAUGAUGAGGAGACUGGGGUUAAGAAAUGCAAAGACAAAUGGGUAUAUCAAGCACGUACACCACUGGUAUCUUUCAUAAGAUUGGGAACAUCUUCAUCUUCUAAAUCUCAGAUCUUAAAUACUUUAUUGAGCAAGCAAAAGCAUAGCAUUUUUUUCCAUCGUCAUUGUAGAGGCAGCAGCAAAGAAGGUCUCUUGAUGAAAGGUGUCAUAGAAAUCACCUGGUACUGUUCAGGAGGAAAGGAUGAUGACAGUUUUGACAACUGCAUCGCAUUCACAAACCUUCAUGGAGAUGCAAGGGAACAUGAGCAACAAGUCAAAUUUUUACAGGAAAUUGCUUCUGUCAAUGUAGUUCUCUUGUCAGAUGCUGAUCAGAAUGAAAGAGGCAGGAAACUUUUGCAAGACCUGCUGAAAUCUCCAAAACCUUUCAUCUUUCUGUGUGUUGACAAAGAGAGAAUUUCAGUUAACAGACAAGAAAAACGAGUAAAAAUUGCUGUCAAGAACCGUAAUGAGGCUGAAUUAAUGGACGAACUGAAAGCAAAAAUUAAGUGUGCUCUAGAAGUGUCAAAUACCCCUUACAGUCUAGAUGCAUGUGCUGAUAUUGCUCGAUAUCAUGGAUUCCUCAUUGAUGAAGAUAACCCAGAAUGUAGUGAAGGAAAGUCACUGGCACAGGUAGUGAUAAGUAUUUUGAAUGAAAAAAAGUUAGUAGAGGCCAAGGCCAAAUUCUUGCCACUUCAAGGAGAAUUAUGGCACAUGUGGUGUAAAAAGGACAAAGAACUCACCCGCUUGCAUGAGAGUGAAAACAUGGGUAUUGAACAGCACAAAAGUAAAACCGAAUCAGAAAAACGUAAGAUACGACGUAGACAAUUCAGGACAGCGUUCCCACUUAAUCCUUUAAUGAGGUCAAUGCUGGACAUUCUCCAAUCAAAUUCAGAGACAACUAAAAUGUACUUCCUGCAGUGGUUGAAAGUAUUUAUGGAUGACUUGUCUUCUGGUCACCUUGCAGAACUUCACCAAAAAUACCAUGAGUUGUGGUCACAAAUGCUAGAAAAAAGAAAUACAGGAGAUAAUGAAUUGGAAAAGAAAUUAGAAGAACUAUCAAAUGAGAUAAAUGCAUCUUCCCUGGGCCUUGAACACAUUUUGAGAGAAGUAGGUCAGAUUUAUGAAACUCUGGAUGCAGUGAACCCAAAAGACAAAGAUUUUGCUACUCUGCCACAAAUUGCAGCCAAUUUGAUGGUUUCAGGGCAUCCCAUUGAGCUGAUGGAUGGUGAUGCUUCAUAUGUGCCACUGAAAUGGAUCGGAGCCAUCUUUGACAAGUUAACUGAGAAGCUAGGAGACAAAAAGGUGUUUGUCCUUUCAGUGCUUGGCAUCCAGAGCACUGGGAAGUCAACAUUACUGAAUACCAUGUUUGGUCUUCAGUUCAAUGUCAGUGCUGGGAGGUGCACUAGGGGAGCAUUUAUGCACCUACUGAAGGUGGAUGAAGAGUUCAGACAAAAGCUGAACUUUGACUUUAUGUUGAUUAUUGAUACUGAAGGGCUUCGGGCCAUAGAGCUAGCAAACAGAGCAACUCUUGAUCGUGAUAAUAUGCUAGCCACUUUUGUCAUUGGUAUUGGCAACAUGACGGUGAUCAAUAUUUUUGGAGAGAAUCCUUCAGAAAUGCAAGAUAUCCUGCAGAUCGCUGUCCAGGCAUUUCUGAGGAUGAAGCAGAUAAAGCUCUCCCCAAGCUGUUUGUUUGUGCACCAAAAUGUUGGAGAAUUAACUGCAAAAGAAAAAAAUAUGGAAGGACGAAGACGCCUAAAACAAAAAUUAGAUGAAAUGGCAGUUGUUGCAGCCCAGCAAGAGUUCUGUGAUGUUACCUGCUUUAAUGACGUUAUCCGAUUUGAUGUGAACAACCACAUUCAUUACUUUGCUCACCUCUGGGAAGGGGACCCACCAAUGGCACCUCCAAACCCCAGUUACAGCCAAAAUGUGCAAGAACUAAAGAGCAAGAUUCUCAUGGCUGCAAAAGAAAAUUCCCAGUGCAGUGUUUUGAGUAUGCCAGAACUGAAAGUGCGCAUUCAGGACCUGUGGAGGGGUUUGGUAAAUGAGAAUUUUGUGUUCAGUUUUAAGAACACGCUGGAGAUUGCAGCGUACCACCGGCUGGAAGCAGAGUAUAGUAAAUGGACGUGGGAGUUAAGAAGUCACAUGCUUGACCUGCAGAACAAGCUCAGCAAUCGAAUUAAAAAUGAAGAAAUAUCCAAGAUAGAUAGCGGAUUUCUUGAGAAGCCAAUUGAUGAAAAAUACACUGCAGUCACAAAGGACCUGGAAAAAUAUUUUGGUGAAGAUAAAGACAGUAAGAUAUUGAUUCAAUGGAAAACAAAUGUUGAAAUCAGACUGAAAAUGUUUAAACAAGAGCUGGUUGACAAAGCUAAUCGAAAAGGUAAAGAACUUAUCUGUCUAAAAAUUCAUCAAAGCAGUUUAGAAAAAAAGAGAUCAAUUUAUAAAGGUGCCAUGCUUAGACGAAGCAAAGAGUUAGCUCUAAAAUAUAGAGACAAGAAGCUAAAUGAAAAUGAACUUAGAAAGAACUUUACGUGUACAUGGCAGAAGUGGGUGGAUGAGGUAUGCUCUACUGUCCCAUCAGCUGAGGAACCUGCUAUUGGUACUGAUGUGGAGAAGUUCCUAAUUGAUCAUUUUUCAUCCACAAAUGAUUUAUUAAAAAGGAUUGAAAAAUUCUCGAAAUGUACUGCUUUUUGUAUUGAGCCUACUCAGCAUAUCAGAAAGAAAAAAAGUGUUUGGCAAUGGAGGGCAUCUCAGGAAGAAGGUGAUAAACAGUCAUUAAAUACAUUGAAGGGGGUAACUCAUGCCAUAACAAAGCUUAUAAAUCAAUACAUAGAGAUGAAACAUCCAGAGAUAAUGAAUUACAGUUCCAGUUACUUUCAUGAAAUUGUGAAUAAAAUAGACCAAGCUAUAGACUCUGAACUUGCCAAUGCAAAUUUUGAUGUAACACCUGCAUACAAAAUAGAUUUAUCGUUAUAUCUCUGCCAAAUGGCAGCAAAGAGGUUUAGGGAGAUGUACAAAGAAUUCCAGUUAUCGAAUGACCCACAUACGUAUCUUGAACACGAGAGAGAGGAUUUCUUCAAUUGUUUUAAGAUUGCCUGCCAGGGAGCAACAUCCAUCACAACAUUUGCUGAUUUCUUAUGCAACAAGCUGACUCGAGCGCUCCGCGGCGCAACUUAUGACAAAACUGUCAUUGACAUAGCUGAUGAAAUGAGGUCUAACUAUCCAGCCUUCAAUGGCAAUAGAGCCAAACUGGAGACCCAUAUUCUAAAGUCUCUUGCGGAAGAGGAGAACUUUGAGAAGUACAAGCAAUACAUUCAGUCUCCACGGGACUUUUUUGAAAAUUUUAUCAAAAAGUGUGUUGUUAAUUAUUUAGACAAAGAAAAAGCAAAACUUUUAUCUUUCUUAAAUAGUCGUCUUCGUGUUUUCUGCACUUCAGUUCAUACAGCUAUUGAUGAAUCGACUCAAGCGGUCAAAGACAAGAAUGGCAAUGCGUCCUUAUGGUUGGAUGAAUUUUGCAACAGACUUCGAGGUGACUUACACUUUCCCCGAAAUGAGCUAAAAAGCAUUGAACAUCAGGAGAUAAAAGACAUAGAGUUUCUUAAAAAAAGUAUGGUUGAGGCACUGAAUUCUGUAGAAGAGAAUCUGAAACGGGACUUUGCUGCACUUGAUAUAGAACCAUUUAAAUCAAAACCUCAUGAAAUACUGUUUGAGCAGCUCUGUGGCUGCUGGGAGAUGUGUCCCUUUUGCAAGGCUGUUUGCACAAACACAUUUUCUGGCCAUGGUGGAGACCACAGUGUCCCUUUCCAUCGUCCUCAGGCUGUGACUGGCAUCCAAUGGCACCGAACAAAUCAUCUAAUUAUUGACAUCUGUUCCAGCCUUGUCGCAAGUGACUGCAGAUUGGUCCUGAGUGGGGACAAUAAAAUUCCAUACAGGAAUUAUCGACAAGCUGGCCCUGUUCAUGCCAAAUGGAGCAUCACGCCAGACAACUCAGCACAGUCUUACUGGAAAUGGUUUGUGUGCCAUUUCCGUUCUCAAAUAGAAAAAGAAUAUUCUGGAAAAUUUGAGGGUAGAGGAAGCAUCCCCCCUGAGUGGGCAGAUUUUACGAAGGAGGCUGUGCUCUCUGACCUGGAAAAGCUGUAGUCUUUUAUUCACAGACGGGCUUAUCAAAGGUUGAUGGCUUUCCCUUCGUCUUUCUCUUUGGAAAAUACAUGAAACCUACUGCAUGCGAUAUUUUCAAAUCUUAUUGUUGUUGGUUUGGCUUUAGAACGCAGGUUGUUGAAGCAAAACUAAGGCCUGUCCCCGCCUCCAUUAGUUGGCCCUGUAGAAGCCAUUAACAUGUAAGAAGUUGCUCCUUGCUGUCUCCUGCCCUGUGCUGCUGUGUACGUGUGUCACAGGUAGCAGCUUACUGGAGGGCCACACGCUACCUUGGUUAUGUAGCCCGAGCUGCACUCUGAGCUGGGUCCCUCACCCCCACUACCCAUCCCCUCCUGCCCCAGCCAUGGCCCAGAGCCACUCAGUCCUACCCCCUCCUCCAAACAAGGCCCCUCCUGACUCCCCCACACACUUGGUCCUGCCCCUGUUCUCCCCCAGCCCCCUGCCACUCCCUCACAAAUGUGUCUCACCCUCCUAACCCUUCUAAUUUCCCCUGCCACCCAUCCUCAUUUAUCCUCCUCCCCUCCAUGC